CAAAAUAAAGGUAGAUAGAUAAUUCUGCUUGCAGAAUCUCGUUCUGAUAUUUUUAUAUUUUUACUCCCAUAAUAAAAUAUAUAUACAACAAAAUUUACCCGCAAUUACCUUUUCCCGCAAAAAGUCUCUCAUCUCCGCAUAAAAACAGAGAAAAAGAUCACAGAUUUCUACUUAUCUGCCGACGCCUUCAAAUUCUCCUUUUGUAAUUGUAAGCAAUUUUUGUUGAAUCUUGUUGUUCUCGUUUUUGUUUCGUAGAAUUCGCACGUAUUUGGGUAUUUACUCGUAUAGGAGCUAUUGUUGCGGACUGAUGUUCUCUAGAUAAUAUGAAGGGAUCUCCCUUGAAACUUUUUAACUAAUCUCUGUUAUGUGCUUCUGAGUUGCUGAUACAUUAUGGUUGGUUUUGUGGAGGAGGGACAAUGCUGAAUUUACUCUCAUGAAAAAUUUGGAAUUUGGCUUUGGGAGAAGAACUGUAUAUAUUUCCCAUGGGUGUGAACUUCUUGUCCAUUUCUGUGGUCUGUACCGUUAUGAGCCUCAUUGGCCUCCAGUAUUGGACAGAUAUGUCACUUGAAAAAUAUAAAUCAGAUGGUUUGAUUGUUGAUGAUUUUAUCAAUUCGGAGGAUGCAAGCCAUGCCUUGGAGCUGCUAUUGGGUUCAUACACCACUCUUGCAUUGGUGGCCAGUUUUGCACUUAAUGUAUUUAUCUUGAUAAUUUUAAGCCUGAAGACAAUAUUCUUUUCAGAGUUGUAUACAUCUGAGAUACGGAAAAUGCUUGAACGGCUCCUUAAUUAUGUCAUUUACAAGGGAACUUUUCUUCCCUUAGUAGUCCCACCAACAGUAUUUCAAGCAGGACUAUGGUCAACUUGGUUAGGUGUGCUUUGUUUCUUGAAGAUGUUUCAAGCUUUGGCUAGGGAUCGUCUUGAACGAUUGAAUGCUUCUCCUUCUGCUACUCCAUGGACAUACUUCCGUGUAUAUUCUGCGCUGUUGCUUGUUCUCUCUGUUGACUUGCUCUGGAUAUUGCUGUGUCUGACAAUACACAAUGCAGCAAGUUCAUCAAUGUUUCUGUUGUUAUUUUUUGAGCCUUUAAGCAUUGCUUUUGAGACGUUGCAGGCCAUUGUGGUUCAUGGGUUUCAGUUGCUUGAAAUAUGGUUGCAUCACUCGGCAGUAGAUGGUGCAAGUUGCCGAUUAUCAAAAAUUUUUGAUGUAUCCCCUGCUGGUUCCUUGGGGGAAUGGAAAGGCAUCCUCAUCCGGAAUUUUGGCUUUUUCCUUGACAUGAUGACAAUGUUAAUGGCUCUAGCUCACUAUCUGCACAUUUGGUGGCUUCAUGGCAUGGCAUUUCAUCUUGUUGAUGCUGUCCUUUUCCUGAAUAUCCGUGCCCUUUUAAGUGCAAUUUUGAAACGUGCUAAAGGUUUCAUCAAACUACGUAUAGCUCUGGGAACCCUUCAUGGGGCCCUUCCUGAUGCUACAUCUGAGGAGCUCCGAGCAUAUGAUGAUGAGUGUGCUAUUUGUAGGGAACCGAUGUCAAAAGCGAAGAAGCUGUCUUGUAAACAUCUUUUCCAUCUUGCAUGCUUGAGGUCUUGGUUGGACCAGGGUUUAAGUGAGAGUUACUCUUGCCCCACUUGUCGGAAGCCACUUUUCACGGGCAGACCUGAGAAUGUGGUCAACACCACGGCUGCAGAAAUUUCAAGAGAUGAGCAACUUGCUCGUCAAAUGAGUACUGGACUUGAUAGGCCAAAUCUUCCUGGUCAUAAUACGCAUCCUGGAGUCUUUAAUAACCCGUCACAGAAUACAGAAACUGGUGAUUGGAGGAGGAGCGGAAUUGAUUCAAGUUGGUUGGGUUUAGACGGAGCUGGACCAUCUGGAUUUAGUCGUGUUCAGAUGGUAAUGAGGCAACUUGCAGCUGUCGGAGAGACUUAUGCCCAGACUGCCCUUGAAGAUGCUGCAUGGAGUCUGUUUCCUCCAAACUCCUCUCAGGCUAGUACAUCCAGAUCAGCCAUCCCCCCUGCUGGUCCAAUACGAUAUCCUAGAGAUGCUGGUGGAUUGCAUGUAAGGUCGACAUCAAGUGUUCCAAAUGACAACUUAGCAAAUAUGAUUGCCAUGGCUGAAACAGUUCGGGAGGUGCUGCCCCACAUCCCUGAUGACAUAAUCUUCCAGGAUUUGCAACGGACAAAUUCUGUGACGGUCACUGUGAAUAAUCUUUUGCAAAUGUGAUGCUAAUUGAUCUUUUAUCUCUAAAGUUCUUUUCUCUGAGACCUAGUGAAGGCUAAAAGCAGGUUCAGGCUCGGGAUGCAUGAAAUUAUCUGGUUUUGCGCCUUUUUGUGCAUAAACCUAUAAGCUUUACUGCUGUACAUAGAAGCAUCAUACCAAAAACAUUCCUUGGGGAAAUGUGCAAAUAGUUACUCUUGUAAGGAAAUAAAAUAAUUUCACUCUGUAUGAAACUAUGAAUGCCCAGACAAGUGGGCUUUUGUUGCAUCACAAUGGUGUAUCAGCCUUGAUCUUGUCUUGAGUAUCCUUUGCGACGCCUUGACCUGUGGCUCAUCCAAUUGAUUGUUACAUCUGAUCUCACUUGUAACUUCGUGAUCAAUGGCACAAAAGCUAAUUUUCACAAAGAUGGUGAUCAAAUUCCAGCAUCUGAGAAAUUUGUGAGAAAGUGGAAUGGACAAAAGUAGAUUGGUUUCAUUUACUUUUAUGUUGUUGAAGUAUAUAGUUUGCUUGGCUUUCAGAGCUUUCCAACUCUGAUAUCCUAGAGGUUUCUUCA